AUGCGGAAACGAUGUCUGAAAUGCAACCACACGGAUGUCUGCCAUAAUCAUGAGAGGUAUCGACUUGUCAGCAAACACAAACUUCACAAAACCCUCUGGCAAAAUGACUACGUCAUCAACCAUUACAGGCCUCCAGCGAUGACAAGAAAGAUGUGUGCAAAGAGUCUUCUUCGAUUCCACCUGCCUCAUUUCAGCGCAUUCCACAUAAACAACGAGACUAUCAAUAUCUGGAGUCAUUUACUCGGAUUCAUCUACUUCACAUAUCAACAAUACUACACAAACUACAUAGUUCUCCCAUCAGUCGGAUCUCAUAAAGCUGAUCAUUUCGUGUUCACUCUAUCAAUAUUUGGAAUGCAAAUGUGUAUGCUUCUAUCAGCAAGUUAUCAUACAUUCGGGUGUACAAGCAUUGAGAUGAGACAGAAAUGGCUGAAAAUGGAUAUAUUCGGAAUAUCGGCGGGUCUACUUGGAAUGUAUUUGAAUGGAAUUUACACCGCGUUUUUCUGUUUCCAGGACCACCUAACAUCUUACAUUUACAUUCUACUUGGCAUAUUCGCCAUCACCGCUUACGUGCCAACUCGGCAAGAUUUCUUUGAGAGGAAGAUUGUUGGCUCCCGAGUCGGUCUCCUUCACAUAAUUUAUUGUAUCAUCAUCACUUUCGGAAUCUGUCCGACAGUUCAUUGGGUGUUCCUUCAUGGCGGAUUUGAUAGUGAUCAUGUUGUUAAAUGGUUCCCCAAUGUCAUUGUACUCUACUCAUUGAUAGCUGCCGCCUUCAUGUUCUAUGUUACAAUGGUGCCGGAGAGACUUUGGCCAGGAAAAUUCGACGUCGUCGGAUGCUCGCAUCAAUGGUGGCACAUCUUUAUUCUCGGAGCAAUGAUCUAUUGGCAACAGUCUGGAAAUCAACUACUCACAGAAUACCGAUCGUUUUCUGAUAGUUGUCAUCGAUUCAUCCCUCAACAAAACUUCUCUGAAAUCUCGCAUUCUAUCUCUAAUUAUAGUCAUCCCUCAAUGUAA